UCUACCCGCCACUACCCGCCGGAACAAAUUCAAACGCCGAAGUCACGAAUUCUCGCACAAUGACGGAUGACGGUAUAGUCGAGAAGGAAAAGCACACGAAACAGCUAAAACGUAAAAUGGAAUGUUGGCGGGAGAUAAUACUACCUCUGAAUUCAAUCCUACUGUGGGAACGUAGUUGGCAUCCCGGCCUGAUAAUCGGACUCGUGACAGUAAUAUUCUUUACUAUAUGGAUUUUAGAACCAGCUCUACUGACCAUAAUAUCUGUAUUUUUAUUGAUAUUCGCUCUUGUCGAUUAUCUCGUGCCGAUUUUGACUUCAGUCUUGUGCAAUGCGCAGAGUUGGACAGGGCAAAAAGAGAAAAAGCUAAUUGAAAUUUGUCAGAAUCUCUCAGCUGUUAUACUGCAAAUGCAAAACGUAUGGGCAUCCAUCUCGAAAAUUCGGCACGAUCGUCCUAAUAUCUACUAUAGUGUAACAAUCCUCUGUCUCAUUAUCUUUGCAUGGAUCGGCAGCACAGUCAACAAUUUGUUCUUGCUUUACAUCACAGUAAAUGCAAUUCUUAUCACGCCAGGCCUCAGACACAAAGGACGGGCACGAUGGGCCGUAAGAUGCGCAUACAACCAAUUAAUUCGUCGCCAUUUAUCAUAAUUGUCAUUUUACAUGUAUCCUGUGUCCACUAAAAUUCUUGAUUCUACAUAAAUCCCCAUUCAUAAUAUCCUACAAAACUAUACUAACGAGUUUAUAUGUGUAUCUCACAUGCAAAUUUCAUUCUAAGAAGAAUUACCAAAGUCUCCAGCUUCUAACAAAAUAAAGUCAGUACAAUUUAGUAUGUUAGGAGAAAAUAGUUGCAUUUUAUCUUGUGUGAUAUUUAAUCUUGAACUGUAUUCACUAACAUAAUUUAUAUCUCGUAUAUAAUGGUAAUCAUAUGUCUAUAUCAUAUUGUUUCAUUACUUAUGAGAAUUAAUAAAACUGUUUUAAUUCUCA